AUGCCAGCACCAGCGAGCCCCACCUGGCACACCAACCCUGCCCAAUCUAACCACUCCACUAUUCCUCAUGCACUGCCUCCCACCCCAGCUCCAAACCUUCCUCAAUUCCAGAAUACACCUGCCAUCCCUCAUGCGCCCCCACCUAUUGCUGCUGCUGGAGGGUCUACUCAUUCCAACGGCACUCAGCCCUCGACUGGUGAUGGUGUCGACAUUGAGGUAGGGCCACUCCUCUGGGGCAGGGACAUUACAGGGCAGGCCAGGGCACUGAUCAACCACCUUCCAAAUGCUCCCCAGGUCACCUUCAACAUCCAUGCUAGGCAUGGCCGUACCAAUUUUAUCAUUGUUCACUUCCCUGACUUUAAGACUGCUGAUAGUUUCGUGAAAACAUGGCAUUAUGCCACCCCACCUCAGUACUCCCGUCUCUAUGUGUCCCUUAUGGGAAACUAG